AUGGGUUUCCGUUCGCUGCUCAAGAGAGCAUUAACCGACAAUGUCAAUGACAAGUUUUACAAAGUCGAGGUUGGCCAGGUCUUCUUGGAUCGAUACAGAGUAGAGACACAUCUAGGCUCCGGCAGAUACGCUUCUGUUUGGCUGGUCAUUGACAGCACAAAUGGCGAACAUGCUGCUCUUAAAAUCCUGAAUAGCGACUUCUACAAUGGUCACCACCAAAUAUUUGAGCUAGAAGUCAUGCAGGCAUUAACAGCGCGUUCUAAUACCUCAACACAUCCUGGGCGAAACCAUGUUACCUACCUGAAGAACCACUUCGAGAUCCAAGGGCCCACAGGCAAACACGUCUGCAUGGUCAUGCCUUUGCUAGGCGACAGCAUCGCAGAAAAAGCCACGACUGGACACAUCAUGCGCAUACCUCCACCAACAGUCAGAAACAUCGCAAAGCAAAUGCUCGAAGCGUUAGACUUCCUACACAACGAGUGCGGCAUUAUCCAUACCGACCUCCAGCCAUCCAACAUCCUUAAGGACGACCAAGGUCAAUCGCCUCAGGAGAUUGAAGAUCUUGUGCGCACACAAUCUUCGGGCCCAGAGCUCAUGGAUCCGAAUAUGCAGUUCCGCCUCAACGACUUGGGUAUCGCUUGCUUCAUAGAUCAACACCUUACAGAUGACAUCCAAUCUGAAUAUCUGCGCGCGCCGGAAAUCACACUGGAAGCACCAUGGGAUCCUAGUGUUGACAUCUUCAGUCUCGGUUGUCUGCUCUUCCAGUUCCUGACUGGAGAAUUGCCUUUCGUAGGACGACCAGGUCCAGGCGUGACCGCAGAACAAGACCGUAUAGCACUGCUGGUAUCUACUUUUGGACCCAUCCCGAGCAUCGUCUUAGAAAAUGCCGCACGAGGACAAGAAUACCAGCAGGAGGCCAUCAACGGACAUGGAUUCCCUGUCUCUUUGGAGACUUUGGUAGGACAGAGCUUCGCAGGCGACGCACAAGGAAUGAUGCCUAUCAAUGAAUUGGACCUGUUCUGCGAUUUCUUGAGAAAGAUGAUGGCUUCAGAUCCAAGGGAGAGGCAGAAGGCGGGUGAAUUGAGUAAACACCCUUGGCUGUCUUACAGUCCCGAGUGA